AUGGGUAAUGAUAAUAAAAUUGAAUUGUUUACACCUAAAUACUUUGGCGCUUGCACAAUUGGAGGAAUCCUAGCUUGUGGACCAACACAUUCAGCUGUUACACCAUUGGAUUUGAUUAAAUGUCGUCGACAAGUUAGCUCUGCGUUAUACAAGUCCAAUCUAGAGGGGCUAAAGACGAUCCUCAAGGGUGAAGGAAUCAAGGGAAUAUUCACAGGAUUUGGAGCAACCGCCAUAGGGUAUUCAUUGCAAGGAGCAGGCAAAUAUGGGUUUUAUGAGUUUUUCAAGUACAACUAUUCUAAUUUGAUUGGAAAAGAACUAUCAGAAAAGUACAAGACAACGUUGUAUUUGAGUGCAUCGGCAUCAGCAGAGUUUCUUGCAGAUAUAUUUUUGUGUCCAUUUGAAUCCAUAAAAGUAAAGACACAGACCAGCAUUCCACCAUUUGCUAAUAAUGUAGUUGACGGAUUCAAUAAGAUUAUGAAGAGUGAGGGAGUAUAUGGAUUUUACAAAGGAUUGUAUCCAUUGUGGUUCAGACAGAUUCCUUAUACCAUGGUUAAAUUUGCUACGUUUGAAAGAGUGGUUGAGCUGAUAUAUAGCUACUUGCCCAAGAAAAAGAGUGAGUAUUCGUUGGGAACUCAAACUGGGGUAUCGUUUUUGGGAGGAUACAUUGCAGGUAUCUUUUGUGCUAUUGUGUCGCAUCCAGCAGAUGUGAUGGUGUCUAAAAUCAAUAAUGAAAAGAGCUCAAAUGAGUCAACAGCCAAUGUUGUCAAGAAGAUAUAUGGGAAGAUUGGAUUUGUUGGAUUAUGGAAUGGCUUACCGAUUCGUAUUGUGAUGAUUGGAACAUUGACGGGGCUUCAAUGGUUGAUUUACGAUUCAUUUAAGGCUGCUGUAGGACUACCAACAUCAGGUCAUUAA